AUGAAUGAAGUAAAGGAGAAGAGAAAAAUUGGGGAAGGAAAAGAGGACCUCGGAAGAGGAGUUAAAGGGGGUAAAAGAGGAAGGCCGUCUAAUGUGGAGGCGCUGAAAAGAGAAAAGAGCCAGAGUAUGGGAAACAUGACGAGUAUAGAAGAAAUAUGGAAAAGGAAGAGAGAAACGGAGACGGAAGAAGAAGAAGAGAGGGGAAGGGAGGGGGGCUACAGCCCACAGGUAGAGAAAUGGAUGUUCAGAGGAAGUAGCCUAGUGGAAAGGUCUCCGGAAAAGAAAAAAGAGAGAACGGAAGAAGGGGGAGGGCUGGGAGAACUAAAGAGGAUGAUUAGAGAACUGGCCGAAGACUUGUGUAAGAAAAUAGACGCAAGUACAAAGAGUCAGGGGAAGGAGAUAAGGGAGGAGAUAGCGGGAGUAAAAAAGGAAAUAGAAAAAGCAAUAGGGAAUCUGAAAGAAGAGAUUAAAAAAAGGGAGGACAAAUGGAAGGUCCAGAAGAGAGAACUAGUGGAGAAAAUGGAGCUACUAAAGAAAAAGGUAGAGGAGCUAGAAAGAGGGGAAAAAGAAAAAGACAAAUGGAGCAAACUAGAAGAGAAAAUACAAAGAAUGGAACAGGGGUCAAGAGAGAAAAAAAAGAUGGAGAAUGAAGAGGAAGCAAUAAAGGAAAAACUGAAAGACCUAGAGAGCAAGUGGGAGCGAAAGGAAAAGGAAGAAAAGAGGAGGAACAUAAUAAUCAGAGAACUGAAGGCGAAAAGAGAAGAGACGAGGGAGAAAGCAGAAGAGAUAAUGGAGGCGAUAGGAGUGCGGGACGCGAUAGUGGAGGUGAAAGCGUUAGGGCUGGCGGAAGGGGGAAAAGAAGUGAACAUGGUGCAAAUAAAGCUCAAGUCCAUGGAAGUUAAGAAAGACGUGAUGGUGAAGAAGAAAGCACUGCGGGGGAAAGACGAAAGAAUAGAGGAGGACCUGACAUGGAAGGAGAGGAGGAUCCAAUGGAAGCUAAGGAGGAUAGCGAAAGAAGAAAGAGAAAAAGGGAGAAACGUAUGGGUGGACUACGGGAGAAUUAGAAUAGAAGGAAAAUGGUGGAGGUGGGACGAGGAGAGAGAGACCCUGAAAGACUGGGGAGGGAAAGAAUGGAGUGAAAAACAGAGGGAGAUGUGUGUCAUGGGGGAAGAAAAAUGA